AUGGAGUGGGGUUCCGAGUCGGCGGCCGUCAGGCGGCACCGCGCGGGAGCGGCGGCCGUGUCACCCCCGGAGAGGGAGGCCUCGGCGCCGGAGCCGCGGGUGGGCGCGGGCGGCGGCGGGAGGACGCGGAAGCGGAGCGCGCUGUCUGAGGCGCGCACGGCGCUGGCGCUGGCGCUCUACCUGCUCGCGCUGCGGGCGCUCGUGCAGAUGUCGCUGCGGCAGCUCGUGCUGCGCGGGACGCCGCGUCUCCACGGCCACUUCGACGCGCACCGAGCCAGGGUUUAUCUGGAACAUAUAACAUCCAUUGGCCCCAGGACCACAGGAAGCAUAGAAAAUGAAAUUCUGACUGUCCAAUACCUUUUGGAACAGAUCAAACUGAUUGAAGUACAGAGCAACAGCCUUCACAAGAUUUCAGUAGAUAUACAACGGCCUACAGGCUCAUUUAGCAUUGACUUCUUGGGAGGUUUUACAAGCUACUAUGACAACAUUACCAAUGUUGUCGUAAAGCUUGAACCCCGAGAUGGAGCCCAACAUGCUGUCCUGGCUAACUGUCAUUUUGACUCAGUGGCAAAUUCACCAGGUGCCAGUGAUGAUGCAGUUAGCUGUUCAGUGAUGCUAGAAGUUCUUCAUGUCUUGUCAGCAUCUUCAGAAGCCUUACAGCAUGCUGUGAUUUUCCUCUUCAAUGGUGCUGAGGAAAAUGUCUUACAAGCCAGUCAUGGCUUCAUUACUCAGCACCCCUGGGCCAGUUUGAUUCGUGCAUUUAUUAACCUGGAGGCAGCAGGUGUAGGAGGAAAAGAACUUGUGUUCCAAACAGGUCCUGAAAAUCCUUGGCUCGUUCAAGCUUAUGUUUCAGCAGCGAAACAUCCUUUUGCUUCUGUGGUUGCUCAGGAGGUAUUUCAGAGUGGAAUUAUUCCUUCAGAUACUGACUUCCGUAUCUACAGGGAUUUUGGAAACAUUCCAGGAAUAGACUUGGCUUUUAUUGAGAAUGGAUACAUUUAUCACACCAAGUAUGACACAGCAGACAGAAUUCUAACAGAUUCCAUCCAGAGAGCAGGUGACAACAUUUUAGCGGUUCUUAAAUAUCUAGCUACAUCUGAUAUGCUAACUUCCUCAUUUGAGUAUCGACAUGGAAACAUGGUCUUCUUUGAUGUGCUGGGCCUAUUUGUCAUUGCCUACCCUUCCCGUGUUGGCUCAAUAAUAAACUACAUGGUGGUGAUGACUGUUGUUUUGUACCUGGGCAAAAAAUUGUUGCAGUCCAAACAUAAGACCACUAACUACAUGAAAGACUUCUUGUGUGGACUUGGCAUCACUUUCAUUGGCUAUUUCACUAGCCUUGUUACGGUUCUCAUUAUAGCCGUGCUCAUCUCUCUUGUUGGACAGUCUCUCUCAUGGUAUAACCACUUCUGUGUUGCUGUUUGUCUCUAUGGAACUGCAACUGUAGCCAAAAUAAUAUUCAUACAUACCCUUGCAAAGAGAUUUUAUUAUGUGAAUUCCAGUGACCAGUAUUUGGGAGAAGUGUUUUUUGACAUCUCACUGUUUGUGCAUUGCUGUUUUCUUGUAACUGUCACUUACCAAGGAUUUUGCUCAGCAUUCAUUAGUGCUAUCUGGGUAGUGUUUCCAUUGCUCACAAAACUUUGUGUGUACAAGGACUUUCAGAAGCAUGGUUCCCAAGGAAGAUUUCUUGCACUUUAUCUUUUGGGGAUGUUUAUUCCUUAUGUUUAUGCACUGUACCUCAUCUGGGCUGUGUUUGAGAUGUUUACCCCUAUCCUUGGGAGAAGUGGCUCAGAAAUUCCACCUGAUAUUGUCCUGGCGUCCAUUUUGGCUGGUUGUGUGAUGAUUCUCUUUUCUUAUUUUAUUAACUUCAUCUACCUUGUCAGAAGCACCAAAAAAACCAUGCUGACUCUAACUUUGGUAUGUACAGUUACAUUCCUGCUUGUUUGCAGUGGAACUUUUUUCCCAUAUAGUUCUGAUCCUGCUAAUCCAAAGCCAAAAAGAAUAUUUCUUCAGCACAUGACUAGAACAUUUCAUAACUUGGAAGGAAACAUAGUUAAAAGAGAUUCUGGAAUAUGGAUCAAUGGGUUUGACUAUACUGGAAUGUCUCACAUAACACCUCACAUUCCUGAGAUCAAUGAUACAAUCCGAGCUCACUGUGAGGAGGAUGCCCCCCUUUGUGGUUUCCCAUGGUAUCUUCCAGUGCACUUUCUGAACAGGAAAAACUGGUACCUUCCGGCUCCAGAAGUUUCUCCAGGAAAUUCUGCUCAUUUUAGACUUAUAUCCAAAGAACAGACACCGUGGGAAUCUAUAAAAUUAACAUUUGAAGCAACAGGACCAAGUCAUAUGUCAUUCUAUGUCCGAGCCCACAAAGGGUCAACCCUUUCUCAGUGGUCUCUGGGAAAUGGCACCCCAGUCACAAGUAAAGGAGGGGACUAUUUUGUGUUUUACUCCCAUGGACUCCAAGCCUCUGCAUGGAAGUUCUGGAUAGAAGUGCAGGUCUCAGAAGAACAGCCUGAAGGGAUGGUCACUGUGGCCAUUGCUGCUCACUAUUUCUCUGGGGAAGACAAGCGAUCCCCCCAACUCGAUGCUCUGAAGGAGAAGUUCCCAGACUGGACAUUUCCCUCUGCCUGGGUGUGCACUUACAGUCUCUUUGUGUUUUAAUCUUGUGGAUGAGAUUUGAGUACAUGUCCAUGUUGACAUUUUCUUCCCAUGUUACAUGGAUAUUUGUGACAUAAUGAAUUUUAAUGAGCAUAUGUUCAAAGACCUUUUUGGAUUAGCACUCAUUAAGGCCAAGCACUGUAUGGGUUAAACUGGGGAACAGUGACACAUGGCCUCUUGACACUUGAAAAAUGCCAGUUUUCUGGCACUUAAGCACAUGUGGGUACUGCCACUAUAUGUCCUUUUAUAUGACCAUAAGGAAAAUAGCCAAUACACCAUUUCACUAGCUGUCCUAGAAUAAAGUCAGAUGACAGACCACUGUUAAACAGUCAAUGCCAUUUGUUGUCCAUAGAUGGGUAAAGAACCAUUCACUGGAGUAGUGGCUCUCCCUGAGAGCUAACUGCAGGUCAUUGUAAUGUGAUUGCCAAGAGGAAUAUGGAGACACCCAGCAUUGGAACUUUGAGGCCAUGAGAGCCUAUUUCUUUAGGAAAUCUUAGGGUAUAUUUUGUGUCUGUUCUGAAGCCUGGUGCAGAGCCCAGGGCCUGACCCACAGUCACUGAAGCCGUAGCUAGGCUACUUUACUGAGGUGGUUUUCAAUUCCUGUUUUCCUCUGCAACACAUCUAACCCUCACCAGUCUGUGGAAGAGAACAUUUGCUCAGCAUACUUCCCUUUGGGUUUUUCAUGGGUUCUUUUCUUUGUGCAAAUACAGGACCUGAACUAACUUCCUCAGAGCAUGGACUUGCUAGCAUGGCUAUUCUGAGGUGGAAGAGUGAGGGAUGGAAGGGUUGGGAGUGAUGGGUAUUUUAUAAAUAUUUAUUCCUUUCAUUUUGUAGAAGUCUGUUAUACAGAGUUAACUCACUAGGAUAUUUUAUUGAUGCAUUGGUUUUUUCAUUGCUUGUUUUCUAGCUAGUUGAAUAAUUCCUCAGUAACUUACUGUCCAGUGACACUGGCUUUCCUGACUUGAGGUUGUGGCUUCUACAGGAAUGAGACCACUGUACCUAUAUAGGUUAAUGUUCCAAUCAUACUUAAUGGGAGUGUUAAGCCUUAAAGGUGCUUUGCAUUUUGAAGGUGGAGAUGUAGCUUGGGAAAUGUGUAUCAUUGCCUCCUGUGGCCAUUACAGGUCAGCAGUGAUGUGUGGUAAGAUCAAGACAGUGUGAAGUUAUGCUAAGGUUUCUUUUUUACAUUACAAAGUUAGACAAGUUUGCAUUAGCAAGCAGAGCCCCAAAAACAGUUGAAAGAAAAGCCAUAGUAACACAAAACCCUUAAAAAUGUGGGAACAAAAAGGGGUGCUUUUUGAAGUGGCCCCCAAAACUGAGUAAGAAGUACACUCUCCAACUUUCUUAAAACUGCUUGUGUUGUGAUACAAAACGUGUUCUUAAUCAUGUUAUUUCUAUUACCUGCCUAAUAUUGACUCCCGAAAAACUAAUGAGCCCAUGUAGACGUAGACAUAGACAUCAGGUUGCAGCCAGACCUGACUAGUAACAUGCUGAUGGAUACAUGGACUGACACUGCACAUGAGCCACUGCUUGCUUGGAUUCAGAAAGACCUUAUCAGUGCUUCAAGUGUCUGCCCCCUGCUACAUAUUAUCUGUCAGGCAGUACAUAAAGUUUGCAGGGUUUAUGCAUAGCCUGUACAGAAUCAGUUGUGAAAAAUACUGCUACUAUUCUCAGUGGCUCUCAGAAUAUAGUUGUAAGUUCUGUUCCUGGGGUAUACUGAAAUAGACUGCUAACAAUUAUAAGGAAAAACUAAAACUCCAAGCAGGGGGCAUCACAUGAAAACAAGUUGGUCUGUUUUUCUUCCCUUGGGAAUCAUGGUGUAUCAUGGUUUUCCUUUUGCCUUUGGGUUUCUUCUUUAGCAGAGACUUUGAUUUUGUGCAGUAACAUGAUGCCUUUAGUUUCCAUGUAUGCUUAGCAUCUUGGGGAGGUUGUCUGAAGGCCAGAAAUGGUCAAGUAAAUUAAGUUAUACAGCAUCCACAGCUGAAGCACACUAUUGAUAUUUCAGUAACUUCAUGACUAAAUAACUUGACUUUCUCUCCCUUUCAAAAGAUUAUCUGAUCAUCUGAAUAAUUUACUUCUAAAAGAGUAUUCUGAAGCUUUAACAAAUGCAUUUCCCCCGAAUGAAUAUGGGUUUAAAUAGCAUAGUACUGUAUAUGCCAGGGAAAGUAUAAAGAAUUAUGAUGUCAAA